CAGCUUCAAACAGCCCCCCCGAGAGACMUACUGAAGGCGUAAAUACAUUUAAUCCCGCCAAAAUCCCCGCUCCCCGUUUGGUGUCCUCUUAAAUUUUGCAGUUACAAACACCACGGCUACGUUUCCUUGGCUGUGCCGUCAGGGUAUGUSCAGUCUGAGGGAUAAGUUUAAUUUCCAAUGGCAUUUAGGAGCUCAAGACUUGAUUUUAAUGUUACAUGGCUUAAUCAGAGAUCUACUCAUUAAUUCUAUUAAUAUUCUUUUAAAAAGAAGAAAAAAAAAAAAGGACCCAGUUACAAAUUGGAGGGCAAGAACACAGAUUUUUUUUCUGGUAGAUUUAAGUGUGUGGCACUAUGAAGACCUGACCAACAGCAACUUUUUCUGGAAAAGCUCUUUUCCCAUUUUUUAAAGUUUUGAGUGGAAAAAAAAACGUAAAGGCUCCUUCUGGGAGAAAAAAAAAAAAAAAAGAGCUUUAUGAAAGCUUUUCCUUCUGAAAAAAAAAAGGGUUUUAUAAAAUCAGACAGAACUCUGCGUGGCUAUCUUAGGGCAGAAGUCUCAGAUAAUCAAUACUGAUAAAAUUACUUUUCCAGCACCUGACAUACAAGCUCUACUGAAACGUUUCAUGUGAACAAAAGAAAUGUACUAGUGCUCAAACUGACUACUUUUAUAGUUAAUUUCUUCUUAUUUUUUUAACAGGAACCUUUGCUUAACGAAAUGAAACACAAUCUGGUGUGCCAGACACCUCCCACUGUCACUGUUCGUGUAAAAUCGAGUGCAUCCAGAUCACAUCAGCAAAAAAAACUUAGUAGACUAAAGCGACCUGCUUUUAAAGACCAACAAGAAAACUGUGAAAAAGGGGUUCCUAGUCAGAAAUAUAAAUGUCCAAAGGGACCAUGUCUAGUUAUUCAGCGUCAGGAAAUGACAGCUUUCUUUAAAUUAUUUGAUGAUGAUCUAAUCCAAGACUUCCUUUGGAUGGACUGUUGCUGUGAAAUUGCAGACAAGUAUCUCUUGGCAAUGACUUUCGUUUAUUUCAAGAGAGCUAACUUCACAACAAGUGAGCAUACCAGAAUCAAUUUCUUUGUGGCUCUGUAUCUGGCAAACACAAUUGAGGAAGACAAUGAAGAAGCAAAGUAUGACAUUUUCCCGUGGGCUUUGGGCAAAGCCUGGAGAAAGCUCUUCCCUGAUUUCUUAAGGUUAAGAGAUCAGUUGUGGAGUAGAAUUGACUACAGAGCUAUUGUAAGCAGGCGCUGCUGUGAAGAGGUGAUGGCUAUUGCUCCAGCACAUUACAUAUGGCAGCGAGAGCGCUCUGUGCACCACAGUGGAGCUCUGAGGAAUUACGAUGAUGAAGUCCAGCUGCCCCGAGGACCCAGUGCAACUCCUACGGACUGCCUGCUCUGCGGCAAGAAAGGCAGAUUUGUACGACUCGGAUUAUCAUCUUCCUCCUCAUCUACUGACACUUUGGAGAUGACGGAAUUACAUUCAUCCCAGAAAUUGAAGGACACCUUUUCAACCGAAAAAAUGCUCAUUGACUCUCCUUCCUACAAAGCCCAAGACUGUCAGAGGCUGUCCAGCAAAAGGCAACCAUGUAGCACCCUGAACCAGGAUAAAUCCAUGGAUUGGUUCACAAGCAGUGGAGAAUGA